AAUAAUAAUUUUAGAAUACAAAAUACGAAUUCUUCCUCGCUGCUGUUAAUGUUUCGUUGCAAUGCUGCCAACAAACUUCGAAGUCUUAACCUAUUUUGUCAUGUUCGUAAUCAGUUUCAUCAUUCCGCGACUAUGUGCAGUGGGAGUGACGUGAAGCUGUGGAGAAGCCCAGUGUCUGUAAACUACUGUACUGCAGCUGUCAAGAAUAUUUUCGAAUCAAGAAACAUGUUACAAAGGGAGAACAUAAUGUGCUUAUUUGAUGUUGAUGGCACACUGACUGCACCCAUGAAGGUCAUUGAGCCAGACAUUGAGUCAUUUCUGUUUAAUGAAUUGAAACCAAAGUAUACUCUUGGUUUGAUAGGAGGAUCAGACUUUAAGAAAAUAGCAUAUCAGAUGGGUGGUUCAGAAGAAGUUCUAAAAAAAUAUGACUACGUAUUUGCAGAGAAUGGGUUGAUAGCUUACAAAGAUGGCAAAUCCAUUGGAUGUCAGAGCAUCCAGGAGCAUAUGGGAGAAGAGACACUUCAAACAUUCAUUAACUUUGCUCUUGGCUAUAUGUCACAACUAAAACUGCCAGUUAAACGUGGUACAUUUAUUGAAUUCCGUACAGGACUUAUUAAUGUUUGCCCAGUUGGACGAAGCUGUAGUCAAGUGGAGCGUGAACAGUUCUUUGAAUAUGACAAGGAGCAUAAAAUAAGAGAAAAUUUUGUCAAAGCUUUAGAAGAAAAGUUCUCAGAUUUGGGACUUGUAUAUUCUAUAGGUGGUCAGAUAAGUUUUGAUGUCUUUCCAAAGGGUUGGGAUAAGACAUACUGUUUACAAUACUUGGAGAAAGAAAUGUUUGAAGAAAUUCACUUCUUUGGUGACAAGACAGACCCUGGUGGCAAUGAUUAUCAAAUAUUCACAGAUCCUCGUACAAUUGGUCAUAAGGUAACUUCACCAGCAGAUACCGUAAACCAAUUGAAGCAGUUAUUAAAAUAGAAGCUACUGCAACUUCUUUAUACUAAGGGUACCAUAUGACUGGAAAGAGAAGGUUGGUACGGAAUAAAAACUGAAACACUGUUAUAGAAGUACAAGUUAGCAGUGCUAUAUUUCUAGAAAGACUUAUAUUUAGCAGUGUGAAAGGGAGGGUUCAUGUAUGGUUUGUUGACAGACAGUGAACUUGUAAGUAAUUGAAAUGGAACACAAGUUAAAAUGAAAAGUAGGAUUUAAGGUACUCACAGUGGUUGGUACGGUCUUCUGGGUUGUAGUGCCAUGUAGUCUGACAGAAGUUUACCAAUGUUCCAGAAGUCACUGGUAAACUUCUACUAGACUACAUGGCACCACAAUCUAGAAGACAGUCAUCUUUAAGAUGGGAACUUCAUAUUCAUUUUAAUUUUUAUUAUUAUCUGUUCUUUGUGAUAUAUUUUUAAUGGCUUGUUUUAUGAAAAAGCUGGCAAUAUUAUGUACUGUACAUACUGCCUGAAACAAUUAUGUGUUAUAUAUAACUUUAUAUACACUUACACAUACAAGUGAUUAUGGUAUAUUAUGUAUAACAUAUAAAACAUUUUGAAAAAUA